CUGCUUCAGCUGUGCUCACUUGCAUUGUGCGGCGUGGACAGUGCAGAGCUGUGCUAACUCAACGACAAGAGGAGAUUUCAAGGAGGAAAAAGUGGAUAAAAGGGAGAACUCAACACAGACGACUGAGGAUAAAGAGCAGAAAACAAACAGGACAGUGUUUUCUCUCGGUUUGCGUGGAUGGUGAUUUAAAAGACGAGGACAGAUGGCAGAUUUACCUUGCUGCUUCACCACUCACCAUUAGUAAAGUUCACCUUGGGCUUGCUGCUGGGACAGGAUCCCAUGCCGUCAACGGUGACCUGUAACCCCGCACCCCCUGCCAAAGUCAUCUCUUGGACUGGCUUUUAACUGGCUUAUCAAGUCUAGACUGACCCACAAAAAUCAGGGGACACAUUUUGGAGUGGAUCUGUAAGCGUGCCGUGGAGGUGUACAGAGAACGGACACCGCUGGCCUCGUUCACCUCAGGACCAUGGGCUCUCUUCUCUGGGGCAGCUUUGCACUGGCCUGUGGACUGAUUCUACUUCGGAAAGGAGGCGACGGAGCCCAGCAGAACAAGGCCAACGUCCCGCGACUAAAACUUUCAUACAAAGACAUGCUGGAGUCCAACAACCUUGUAACGUUUGAAGGUCUUCUCAACAGUUCGUCUUACCACACCUUCCUACUGGAUGAGGAGAAAGGAAGACUGGUGGUGGGAGCCAAAGACCACAUUUUCUCUUUCAACCUCCUUAACAUCAGCAAAGACAUCAUACAGAUCCCUUGGCCGGCGUCUCCCAUCAGGAGAGAUGAAUGCAAGUGGGCCGGAAAAGAUCUCUCGAGAGAGUGCGCAAACUUUGUCAAGGUGCUGCAACCUUUCAACCAGACUCACCUCUAUGUGUGUGGAACAGGAGCAUUCCACCCAGUGUGUUCCUACCUUGAGGUGGGAAAGAAAUUAGAGGACAGCGUUUUCCGACUUCUGCCUCACAUUGAAAAUGGCAGAGGAAAAAGUCCCUACGAUCCGAAACUGCUCACCGCAUCCAUGCUGAUCGAUGGGGAAUUGUAUGCGGGUACAUCGGCUGACUUCAUGGGACGUGACUUUGCCAUCUUCCGGACCCUUGGAAAGCAUCACCCAAUCAGGACAGAGCAGCAUGAUUCCCGCUGGCUCAAUGAUCCCAGGUUUGUAGGUGUUCACCUGAUUCCAGAGAGCGACAACCCCGAGGACGAUAAAAUCUACCUGUUCUUCAGAGAGAACGCCAUCGACGGAGAACACACUGGGAAAGCCACACACGCUCGAAUCGGCCAGCUCUGCAAAAAUGACCUCGGGGGACACAGGAGUCUGGUGAAUAAGUGGACCACCUUCUUAAAAGCUCGUCUUGUCUGCUCUGUGCCGGGAAGUAACGGCAUUGACACACAUUUUGAUGAACUACAGAAUGUUUUUCUUAUCAGCACCAAGGAUCCCAAGAGCCCAAUCAUCUAUGCGGUGUUCACCACAUCCAGCAACAUCUUCAAAGGUUCAGCCGUGUGCAUGUACAGCAUGACUGACAUCCGCAGAGCCUUUCUGGGGCCUUAUGCUCAUAGAGACGGACCCAACUAUCAGUGGGUGCCCUUCCAGGGACGAGUUCCUUACCCACGGCCCGGAACAUGUCCCAGCAAGACGUUCGGAGGAUUCGACACAACCAAGGACCUUCCCGAUGAAGUAGUAGUCUUUGCCCGAAGCCACCCGGCCAUGUUCAAUCCUGUCUACCCGAUCAACAACAGACCUAUCAUAGUUAGGACCGACGUGGACUAUCAGUUCACCCAGAUAGUGGUGGAUAAAGUAGAAGCAGAAGAUGGCCAGUAUGACGUCAUGUUCAUAGGCACAGAUAUAGGAACGAUUCUGAAAGUGGUAUCCAUCCCAAGAGGCUCGUGGCAUGACCUGGAGGAAGUGCUGCUGGAGGAAAUGACGGUUUUCAGAAAGCCAACAGCCAUCACAUCUAUGGAGCUUUCAACAAAACAGCAACAACUGUACCUGGGCUCAGACAUGGGUGUGUCUCAGAUGCCUUUGCAUCGCUGUGAGAUUUACGGAAAAGCCUGCGCCGAGUGCUGCCUUGCGAGGGACCCCUACUGUGCAUGGGAUGGGACCGAGUGCUCCAGAUAUUUUCCCAUGGCUAAGAGGAGAACAAGGAGGCAAGAUAUCAGGAACGGAGACCCUCUCACGCAAUGUUCAGAUCUGCAGCAGAACGAUGAACUCGGUGAGCAGAAAACCCUGGAGGACAAGAGCAUCUACGGUGUGGAGAACAGCAGCACCUUCCUCGAGUGCAGCCCCAAGUCGCAGCGAGCGCUGACUUACUGGCAGUUUCAGCACUCUCCUGACGAGCGCAAACAGGAGAUCAAAUCAGAGGAACGUUUUAUCCGCACAGAACAAGGUCUGUUGAUCCGCACGCUCAACAAGAAGGAUUCCGGCAUCUAUCUGUGCCAAGCAGUGGAGCACGGCUUCAUGCAGACGCUUCUAAAGGUGACCUUGGAGGUGAUUGACACCGAACACCUCGAGGAUCUGCUCCACGGUGACGACGAGGCUGCCACCAACGCGUCGGUGCAGGACCUCCUGCCACCUCGAGAGACGGACAAUCACAAGCUGUGGUACCGAGACUUCCUGUCUUUGGUCAAUCACCCAACUCUGAACAGCGUGGACGAGUUCUGCGAGCAGGUCUGGAAGCGGGAGCGCAAGCACAAGAAGCAGAAAGCUCACCUGGUGCAGCACCAGCAGAAGGCGGUGCUGAAUGUCCACAACCACAUGAACAAUCAAGGCCUGGCAGCCAAGUGGAAACAUCUUCAAGAGAGGCAAAAGGGGCGCAACCGCAGGACCCACGAGCUGGAGCGGGCGCCCCGCAGUGUCUGACCCAGAAACCUUGUCUGAAAGCACACCCCCGAUUCUCAUUCUGUGUCCCUCAUGGCUGUUCCCAUUAACUGAGCUACAGACUCCUUCCGCAGUAACUGGCUUGAAAGCAUAUUUCUUCCGCCCCAAAAUGCCAGCUGCUGUGUUCCAUGCACGGGCGUAGCGGCGCUGAGGAGUGUUGUGUCACAGCAGACCGUCGGGGGCAUGUUAUCUCAGCUGGCCUCAGCUGCUUCGGGACACUUGUGUCAAAUAGCGCAAGAAGUGAACACACAACCCACCUCGUGACAUUCGGGGGGGCUUCGUGGGAUUGCGAGUCCAAUGACAAUUUACUGUCGACGACACGUACGCGACUGAACUGGUGGAGGUGACGUGGCUUCACAAAGGUGCAGAUACAAGCACAAGGCGACAGCCCGAGCAUUGCACGACACUGGGGAGCAACGCAACAUCACCACAAAUAUGUAGCUGAACACGUGUAAAUACUGUAUGACAUACUAAAAGGGAGCGUCUCGCAUUUUUUCAUGUUGUUUCCCCUAAUAGAGAUUUAUUUAAGAAGCCAUUUUGUACUCGUCUGUGUCUGCGCCAUAGAUAAGCUUCACAAACAAAAGACGUUGUAUGCUUCUGUUUCGUCCAUCUCAUCAGAUUUUUGCCGGCGUUCUGUAGGAGUCCUCAAACGCGUCAUCUGUGUGCAUGAAAUGCGACAAGUUCUCCCGACAUUUAAUAUAACCUUAUACUACCUGUAUAUUUAUUGCUGAUACUCCUAUGUGCAUUGUGAAAAUACUUUUAUUAGAAAAGUCUUCAUUUUGCUUUAUGGGACCAAGGGUAUUAUCACAAAUACUUUAGGACUGGAAAUAUCAAGAUGAUAUUUGUCAACAAUGGUAAAAGACCUGCACUGAGCAAUAACACAAUACUCCUUUGCUAUGUAUUGCUUCAUUAAAAACCUUCAGUCUUUCUAUGAAGCACACGCACAAGCUGGAAUGUAGCUGUGAACAUGAUGUAAAUAGAGAUGAUAUUCUCAUUGUUUGAGGACAUGGCCUGCUUGUGCAUGUGACUACUAUUGUAGCGUUCCCAUUUCACUACGGCAGUAAUGUACUUGAACCACAGUGAGCACACAGUACACGACAUUAACGUAGAUAUUAUUUCUUGAGUGUAUAAUUACCGUCUUAUUAAAAGGGGUGGGGUGUAUAAAGAAGAUUUAAUCUGAAAUGUCCACACACCAGCUAACGUGAUACCAAGCAACAAUGUAUAUAGAAACAAAUGUGCAGCACAUCAGUAUGUCGUCUUUGGAGCGUUCUAAGCCUUAUCUACCAUAGUGACAGUGGCAGAUGAGAAACACAAUAUAAGCAAAAUAAUAACAGUCUAUUUCAGACAAAGUAAGAUGACGAUCCUAAAGAGAAAAUAUAUGAUUCCAAGUGAUGAUAUCAAGUUCUGCUGCUGUUUUGGCAUGGUGAUGUAUUCUACUGUUCCAAUAAAUGUCUCUUCAUAAAAUAA